GAAACCUCAAUGGGGGCAAUACUUCCAGGUCGAAGCUGGAACAACUAUCCAUUACAUAAACCUUUUCUUUAGUAUAAGGGAAAGACAGUUGAGAAAAGUUGGUUGUGUAGCGGUACUGGUUAAAGCUGCGCUCUAACACUCAACCACGAGGGGGGGUGAGUUUGUAAAAGAGUAAUUAAUUUGCCAGUCCGGUGCUUCCGGAUUUGGCGAGCACUGAGCCAAAAGCCCCAGAGCCUUUGUGCUCAGGUGAAGAGUAAGACGCUGAAGUCGGAGCCUAGGGCUGUGCAGACCUCUCGCGCCAUGCGGUACCUACCGUGCCUGUUGCUUUGGGUGUUCGCGCGGGUCUGGGGACAAUCUGAGGCACAGCGAGAGAAUUUCCCCUUCCGCUGCCUGCAGAUCUCUUCCUUCGCCAACAGUAGCUGCUCCCGCACAGAUGGCUUGGCCUGGCUAGGGGAUGUGCAAACGCACCGUUGGAGUAAUGACUCAGACACCAUCAGCUUCGUGAAGCCGUGGUCCCGGGGCAAAUUCAGUCACCAACAGUGGGAGAAGUUGCAGCGUGUGUUUCAAGUGUAUCGAACCAGCUUUACCAGGGACAUACAGGAAUUAGUCAAAAUGGUGUCUGUCAUACACUAUCCCAUUGAGGUCCAGUUGUCUGCUGGGUGUGAAGUGUACUCUGGGAACGCUUCGGAGAACUUUUUCCAUGUAGCGUUUCAAGGAGAAUGUGUGCUGAGUUUUCAGGGAACUUCCUUUCAGAAGGCCCCAGAGGCCCCACCUUGGAUGGAGUCGGUCAUUAAGGUGCUCAACGGUGAUCAAGGGACAAGGGAAACGAUUCAGCAGCUUCUGAGCGACACCUGCCCCCAGCUUGUCCGUGGUCUCCUAGAGGCAGGGAAGCCGGAACUAGAGAAGCAAGAGAAGCCCGGGGCCUGGUUGUCCAAGGGCGUCAGUCCUAAACCUGGCCAUGAGCAGCUGCAGUGCCAUGUCUCUGGAUUCCACCCAAAGCCUGUGUGGGUGAUGUGGAUGAAGGGUGAGCUAGAGCAAAAGAGGACUCAGAGAGGUGACAUCCUGCCCAAUGCUGAUGGAACAUGGUAUCUCCGAGCAACCCUGGACGUGGAGGCUGGAGAGGAGGCUGGCCUGGCCUGCUGGGUAAAACACAGCAGUCUAGGAGGGCAGGUCAUGAUCCUCGACUGGGCAGGUGGCAGACAGUCGUCUGUGGGUGUUAUCAGCGGAGUCGUGGCCGUGAUAGUAGUGAUAAUUCUGUCCUGUCUUGUGUUCUGCUACGUCAGGAAGCGCCGCUCCUAUCAAGACAUCCUGUAGCUCUUCCUGACACCUGUCUCUCCUGAGACUCAGACCUUCCAGCUUCUAAGACGUUGGUCCUCAUCUGCUCAGGAACUGAUGAUGAAAGGGGAAAAAAACCCUUGAAGAAGUGAAGAGCAACCAGCACACCCUUUCAACAUUUAUUUCAAAGAAGUUAAUUUAUUUUUCAUUGUCUCACAAGUUUAUAAGCCCAGGUGGUUUGGAACAAACACAAUUGCAAAUGCACCUACCUGCCGAGAGCAGGCUGUGGGCCGUGUUUUAUGGGAUUUGCACUGAACCGGGAAGUACACAUCCUGCCCAAAUGGAUACUUCAGGGUUUGUUGGCAAAUGUCCAACUCCGACAUGGCUGUACUCUCCAGUUUUCAAGAAAACUAGAAAUAUGGAUUUGGGGUGGGGGUGACAUACAGAUUUUAAAAAGUAAACUCAAACAUUUGCAAAUAUUGGCACUGUUUGAUAUCUUAGAUCUAUGCCUGCUGAAUGUGGAUCUAAUGAUAACCCAAGGGGCUCCCACUCUGUGGCUCUUUUUAAAAAAAAAGUUUGUCCUAAAUGCCACAGUGACAAUUUUAGGACAUAGUCUCUAUUGUAAAUAUGCAUUUAUGACUGAAGGGUGUAUUCUCUUUCAAAUAAAAUUAGGAGGUCUCUUGAAGUUCUACUUGGAGCAACUGUAUUUAAAAAGAAGUCACAGUAUACCUAUUUUGUUAAACAAAAAAAAAAAAACCUCACUCCCCUUAAGAUAUUUCCCUAAAACAUUGCUAUAAUUUGCAUCCAGCAAGACCCCAUGUAUUGACAAUUUGGUUCUCAGCCCAUGGCGCUCUCAGGAAGUAGUAGUUACAUGAGCAGGUGAGGCCCAGGAGAAGGAAGUGGCUAUAAUGGGUUCAUACUGUCAUAGUGGGACACAACAUCCCUUUUGCAGUACCAUGAUUCAUUGACUUAGAAGGGAACUCAAGGACUUUUUUUUGGUAGUCUGAGAGAGAAAACAGCAGAGCAGGCAAGCUGGGGACCUGGGCAGCUGCCAGGAGGUGGGAAAUGGAAAGAGGGGUUAUGUCUUCAAGAGCAUCAGGAAAAGCAAACACCUCGAAAGCCAGAGUAGACACACCAGUUCUCUGAUCUGGGCAUUUGUGCCUUGUAAUUUUUACUGAAGGAGCUUAAAAUCGCUGACCUCUCUGGGGGACAAGAGCCUUGAAAACAAGAGCAAAUUGUUUCUCUUGGACUAUCAGGGAAGAAAUAUUUACCGUUAUUUGGUUUAUUUUGUAUUAUACUAAGGGCUUCUCAGGGUGUUCUAGAACUCAGGCUGUGUAUGAGACAAGAAGCAAGGAAAGGAAGCUUCAAUGAUUGUUGUCUAUCUCCCAUCCAGCUUCAUUGUCUUUGAAGCUAUUUAAAACCCCUAACAUGGGUGUGUCUGUAAUCUGGAAAUAAGUUACAAGUGGCUUGUGGAGAUUUAUCACUUCCUGAAAGGUUUAUCGCUGCUUUACAUUCAAUUUAGCUAUGGAAGCCCAGCACUUGGAAAUAAACUGGAAUAAAUAAACUACUUGGCAAUUUGUCAUUA